AUGGGGCUCUGGUCUUCAGCAGGCUGUCAGAAUGGGGCUCUGGUCUUCAGCAGGCUGUCAGAAUGGGGCUCUGGUCUUCAGCAGGCUGCCAGAAUGGGGCUCUGGUCUUCAGCAGGCUGUCAGAAUGGGGCUCUGGUCUUCAGCAGGCUGUCAGAAUGGGGCUCUGGUCUUCAGCAUGCUGUCAGAAUGGGACUCUGGUCUUCAGCAGGCUGCCAGAAUGGGGCUCUGGUCUUCAGCAGGCUGUCAGAAUGGGGCUCUGGUCUUCAGCAGGCUGCCAGAAUGGGACUCUGGUCUUCAGCAUGCUGUCAGAAUGGGACUCUGGUCUUCAGCAGGCUGUCAGAAUGGGGCUCUGGUCUUCAGCAGGCUGUCAGAAUGGGGCUCUGGUCUUCAGCAGGCUGUCAGAAUGGGGCUCUGGUCUUCAGCAUGCUGUCAGAAUGGGACUCUGGUCUUCAGCAGGCUGCCAGAAUGGGGCUCUGGUCUUCAGCAGGCUGCCAGAAUGGGACUCUGGUCUUCAGCAUGCUGUCAGAAUGGGACUCUGGUCUUCAGCAGGCUGUCAGAAUGGGGCUCUGGUCUUCAGCAUGCUGUCAGAAUGGGGCUCUGGUCUUCAGCAUGCUGUCAGAAUGGGACUCUGGUCUUCAGCAGGCUGUCAGAAUGGGACUCUGGUCUUCAGCAGGCUGUCAGAAUGGGACUCUGGUCUUCAGCAGGCUGUCAGAAUGGGGCUCUGGUCUUCAGCAUGCUGUCAGAAUGGGACUCUGGUCUUCAGCAGGCUGUCAGAAUGGGGCUCUGGUCUUCAGCAGGCUGUCAGAAUGGGGCUCUGGUCUUCAGCAGGCUGUCAGAAUGGGACUCUGGUCUUCAGCAUGCUGUCAGAAUGGGGCUCUGGUCUUCAGCAGGCUGUCAGAAUGGGGCUCUGGUCUUCAGCAGGCUCUGGAAUGUCCUGAGUCAGUCCCCCGGUCCAGAGAACAACUCCUCCCAGCAUCAGCCAGUGCUGAUGGGACCUGCUUCUCCACGAUGAGUCUUCAAGAUGGCGGUUGCGGCUAUGCUAGCGACAAUUUGGCGGCUAACACGGCCAGCGGCAGCAUGCGGCGGCGCCUGGAGGACCAGGAGUUCACCCUGCGCGUCUACCCGGGAGCCCUGGCCGAGGGCACCAUCUACUGCCCCGUGGGCGCCCGCAAGAGCACCACUGCUGCCGAGGCCAUCGAGCGCCUGCUGGAGCGUCUGAGCCUGGACCGUACCAAAUGCUACGUGCUAGCCGAGGUGAAGGAGUUCGGCGGGGAGGAGUGGAUCCUCAACCCCAGUGACUGCCCAGUCCAGCGGAUGAUGCUGUGGCCCCGCAACGCCCUAGAGAAUCGCUGUGGCCUGGGCAGUGGGGAGGACUACCGCUUCCUUCUCCGAGAGAAGAACCUGGACGGCUCCAUCCAUUAUGGAGGCAGUCUCCAGAUGUGGCUGCGCGUGACCGAGGAGCGCCGCCGCAUGGUGGAACGGGGUUUUCUGCCCCAGCCCGCAGGGGGCGAGCACCCGGCCGACCUGUGCGCUCUCCCUGAGCUGACGGAGCGCGCCCUGCUGGAGAGCCUCCGCUCGCGCUUCCGGCAGGAGAAGAUCUACACCUACGUCGGUUCCAUCCUCAUCGUCAUCAACCCCUUCCAGUUCCUACCCAUCUACAACCCCAAGUACGUCAAGAUGUACGACAACCACGCUCUGGGAGACCUGGAGCCGCACAUCUACGCCGUGGCGGACGUGGCCUACCACGCCAUGCUGCAGCGACGGAGGAACCAGUGCAUCGUCAUCUCUGGAGAGAGCGGCUCGGGAAAGACCCAGAGCACCAACUUCCUGAUUCACCACCUGACUGCCCUCAGCCAGAAGGGAUUCGCCAGCGGGGUGGAGCAGAUCAUCCUGGGGGCGGGGCCUGUGUUAGAG